AUGCCUGUUCAAGAGAUUACCUCGUUCCAACAGUUCCAAGACCUUAUCAACGGUGAUAAACCCGUUGUGAUUGAUUUCUGGGCAACAUGGUGUGGACCUUGCAGAAUGAUAUCCCCUGUUUUUGAGGCCUUGUCAGAACUCGCGGAAUUCGCAAACGUCGGAUUUUAUAAAGUUGAUGUCGAUGCACAAGAGCAAAUUUCCCAGGAAGUCGGCAUUAGAGCAAUGCCAACCUUCGCACUUUUUCACAAGGGUGCCAAAAUUGACGAGGUGGUGGGGGCCGAUCGUAAUAAAUUGCAAAGUGUUAUUCAAAGCGCAGCUUCUCUCUAA